ACACUGUCAUCACUACCAUCAUUUAAAAAAACUUGCAAAUCAUUGUGUGCUCUUUGUAAUCAAAAUUGUUUAAACAAAAUAACUAUUAAAUGGAAAGUGUUGUGGCUACCAAACCAAGAACAGGAGGAGAAUCAGUGGAGGCACCAGCUUUAGAACCAUUUAGUUCCCACAUGGCGCAAUUGGAUGCGGGAGCGCUGCAGUGUACCUUGCGUGUGCUGAAAAUGAACGGCAGUACUAUGUUAUUUAUUAAUGACAAGGAGAUGGAGCGUUUGGAUGAGCUUGCAGUGGCCAUGCCGGCACGCCCACCCAGCCAGGACAUAGUCUCAGCAACAUUUAUGGGCGAUCAUGGACAGAGCGAUUCACUGGUGCUAGCCAGCAAGUUGAGCAAGCGUUAUGGACGCCAAUUUUAUGUGAGCAUGAAUCUGCAGCUGGACCUAAUGACGCGUCCACUAUUUGAGAAGGCGCUGAUUAGCCAUAUGCAGCAGCAGGCAAAGUUCUUUGUUUAAUAUACGGACUGGAUUAAAAAUUA